UCAUCCUGAGCGACGAGAGAAAAAGCCGCUGUACAGUUGAUGAAACUGAAGCAGGAGGAGAAACGACUUUAAAAAAAAAAAAUAUCCAAUCGCUUGGAGAAAGGAGAGAGAGAGAGAGAGAAAAAAGCCUGCAAUUUCCUGUAAUGUCUAGAUGGAUGUGAAAGAGAAAGUGUCUGGGGCUCACAGAAUGGAGAAAAAGACUAUAAAUGUUAAGGAUGAGGACUUUGAAUGGCUUCAUAUCCACCCUAAAAAGGAGAGUUCAGGCCUUAAAGAGGAGGACAUUGGACUGGGGUCAAUGGGCAUUAAAAAAGAGGCUGAAGAGACGUCUGUCAGCAUUGAGCCGCUCAAACAUGGAAGAGUAGAGAGAGUCAAGGAAGAAGACCUUAAUGAUGGGUGUCGAGGUGGAGUGGUGAGUGAGUUGGUCUCUUCUCAAAGCAGACACUGUUCAUCCCCAGAGUCUUCUGUAGAUGUGAAGUCUGUAUCAUUACAGCCAAAAUCAAAGAAGCCAGAGAAAAUUCCACCAGGUAGAACACAAAAACAUCAACCCACACCUACAAAUAAUUCUGGAGAAAGUAACAAACCUUUCUGCUGUUCUGAGUGUGGUAAAGAGUUUUCACAAAGAAGAAAUCUUCACAUCCACAAAAGAAUUCACACCGGAGAGAAGCCAUAUUGCUGUUCCGAAUGUGGCAGACAAUUCUCAUGCAACAACAAUCUUCAACGCCACAAAAGAAUUCACACCGGAGAGAAGCCAUAUUGCUGUUCUCAAUGUGGCAGAAGAUUCUCGGAAAAGAACCAUCUUCGGUGCCACAAACUAAUUCACACUGGAGAAAAGCCAUAUUGCUGUUUGGAGUGUGGCAAACUAUUCUCACGAAUAGGCACUCUUCGGUGGCACAAACGCAUUCACACAAGAGAGAAGCCAUAUUGCUGUUCUGAGUGUGGCAAACAAUUUCGUAGUAUCAGUGAUCUCCUGAGGCAUGCAAAAAUUCACAGUGGAGAGAAGCCACAUUGCUGUGUGGAAUGUGGCAAGCAAUUUUCUAGCCGAAGUAAUCUUCUGAGCCAUACAAGAAUUCACAAUGGAGAGAAGCCAUAUUGUUGUUUUGAAUGUGGCAAACAAUUCCUAAGAAACAGCACGCUUCAGUCCCAUAAACGUAUACACACAGGUGAGAAACCAUAUUGUUGUUCUGAAUGUGGCAGGCAAUUCUGCCACAGGAGUAAUCUUAUGAUCCACAACAGAAUUCACACAGGAGAAAGGCCAUAUAGCUGUUCUGAAUGUGGCAAAACAUUUUCACGAAGUAGCAUUCUUCAGCGCCACACAAGAUGUCACAGACAGCUGCUCUGAUACGUUUCAUCUCAAUCAUCAUGCCUCACUGCCAAACAAUCCUUCAACUUCACCAUAACAAAGGAUGGAUCACUAUUCUGAACAUCAUAAAAAAUGAGGAAUAUUUCAAGGAGACUUCUUAUCAACCCUGCUGUUCUGCCUUGCAUUAAACCCAUUAAGCACCUUUCUAAAUGGCCUCUGCCAUGGGUUUAAUAUUAGCUUUCACAAAGAACCUCACCCUCAAAUAGCCACUCACCUUCUGUUUAUCGAUGAUUUGAAACUCACCUCCUGUUUAUUGACUGCUUGAAACAGUUCAGCUCCCACAAAUAAUGGAGGAGCAGUUGCAAUUUGUAAAAAUGUUUUCAGACGGUGUGCUUGUAUAAACUUGAACCUAACAACUAAAUACCUGAACAUUAAUGGAGCAUACAUAAACCAGAAACUGUUAAGACUAACACCAGCACAGCAAAAAGGAUUCUUAAGACCUCCGUCACUAUCACAUAACAAAUUCUAAGCUAUUAAUCAGUUUAUGAUCCCACAGUUUCACUAUAAGCAUUUGCCCACAAAAUGAGCUUCUUAGACUGGAAACCACAAUGUGUCCCACAUGUGUGCCAAAUUAUUGACAAAAAUCAUCUUAUUCCAAUGGUCUUUAUCCCAAAGUAGGAGGAUGGUAUUGGCCAAAUUUCCAGUUGACCUUGACUACACUUACAGAUCACCAGUAACUGGACCACAAGCUUACAUGAUGAACUCCAAAUGUACAAAGAAUAUUCAACCACACAUAUACCCCAAGAACCACAUCAAUAAUCAAACUAGUUGGGUAAAUUCAGAAAAGUAAAGAAUUAAACUCUCCCACGUUUUGCAAUAUGGACACACUUAGCAGCAGAAGGAGGAAUUAAAAAAAUAGAUCAGCAGAAAAGAAGAAAAAAAAACGUCAAUGUGCUGCCCUCCUCUAACAGCCCAACAUGGACACUGAUCCUAACGAUGCAUGGCUCAUAAGGGGUGAAAUAUGGCCAAAAGAUGAAUGCCUGAUCAUGGUUGUACAAAGCUGCAUCUUGCACACAAGGUGGUUCAGAGCAUCAAAGGAAAAAAAAUUCAUAACCAAUAAGUGUCGUUUCAGCCAAACAGAGCUAGACUGUCAUUCUUCUGGUUCCUGGGUGCGAGGUACUGAUGGAUGAAGAAUUAGACAAUGAAAGACACAAUAGUGUUUCCAAGCCCAUUCACUCAAAACUCUGUCAGAAAUUCAACUUAACAGCAAUAAAUGAAUCAAUGAAAUUAAUUUUAAAAAGUCAUAUUGGUUUUCUGAAUGUAGAAAAUAGUUUUCUCAUAUGAGGAGUAUAACAAAUAUUCUACAGUUCACAUAGUAGAGACUGUGGUGGGCUUGCGCCCUGCCCAGGGUUUGUUUCCUGCCUUGCGCCCUGUGUUGGCUGGGAUUGGCUCCAGCAGACCCCCGUGACCCUGUAAUUAGGAUAUAGUGGGUUGGAUAAUGGAUGGAUGGAAGGACAUAGUAGAGAAACUGUAUUGUUAUUCUGAAUGUGGCUAACAGUUUUUGCAAGUGGGCCAUUUUAAAAAACACACAAGAAUUCCCAAUGCUACUACUUGUGAAAUAUGCAUGUGAGCAUGUCAGAUUGAGUAUUCAUGAUGCCUACAUGUAUGUGUGUUUAUGCUUGUUAUUUGAAAACUGUGUAUAGGAAGAUUGUUUAGUUGACUAAUCUUAGAUUUAAACAAGAUGUUAACACAAUUAAAGUAGUAAAAAUAUGUAAGUAGGAAGAAGAUAGAAAAAUAUUUUGCCAAAGACUAAUCUGAUCAAUUUUAAUUACAGCAAAUCUUUUCACUAUUUUGAUGCUUAAGCUAUGGAGUGAAUGACAAAUAGGGAUGGCAGGGUGACACAGAGGUUAGCGCUGCUGCCUUGAAACAAGAAGACAGAGACUCGACCUAAGUGCUCCGUUAAUGAGUUUGUAUGUUCUCCCCAUCUAUCUGUGCGUUUCUCCAGAUGCUGGGGUUUCUUUCCAUAGUUUAAAGACAUGCAGCUUAGGAGAAUUGGUGUUCCUAAAUUGGCCAUAUUGAGUAUUUGUGUGUCUGCCCAGCGAUGGGCUGGUGCCGUGUCUGGCUUAUCAUUCCCACCUUUCACUUGGUGCUUGGUGGGAUAGGCUCCAGCUCCAAAUGUGAUAGAUAUAAAUAAAAAAUGAAUUGGAAAAGAUUUUAUAAAAGACAUGCUUGAGCUGGUAAAUUUGCAUUGUGGUUAUCCUUUGUGAACUUAACACAAAGAAUGAGGAUGAAAACAACAGAACUGUAGGUUGUGAGGCAUUUGUACUCCAUCAACAUUAAUUAUUUCCAGAGACAUAAUUUUGUCUGUUUUUCCAGCGCAUCAUGCA